CCGCCCCUUUCUCCCCAUCUGCCAUUUUGGUUUUGUUCCUGUCUGCAGUCGCAAAGCCAGCAGCGCAAUUACAUAGACUAUCGGCACAACGACAUAGUGACUCGACAAUAUAGUGCAGACCACCCCAAUCCCGCAUCGCGUUUCUUUUCUCUGUACAAAUCGUCGAAUAUACAAUCAGCGUUUUUACUGACAGCUACACACAGCAGGAGAGGAGCGGGUUCGCAUUGGGAAGGGACCGAGAAGGAUUAUUGAUGUCCAGCUCGCCGCUGUCCAAGAAGCGUCGCUUGUCAGGAACAGAGACGAAGACGGGAUCCCACUGCUCCUCCUCUAACUCUGUCAGAACUGAUCUGUCCCACACACCUGCCAACGGCAUGGCUAAGAAUGGCAAUGAUGCUGAGAUCGAUGAAGGCCUGUACUCAAGACAGCUUUACGUGCUGGGCCAUGAAGCUAUGAAGCGCAUGCAGAACUCCAAUGUCCUCAUCUCUGGUAUGAGAGGCCUUGGAGUUGAGAUUGCCAAGAACGUGAUCCUGGGAGGAGUUAGAAGUGUCACUAUACAUGACGAAGGAGUUGCAGAAUGGAGAGACCUCUCUUCCCAGUUUUACCUUCGGGAGGAGGACCUGGGCAAGAACAGGGCAGAAGUGAGUCAGGCCCGCCUGGCUGAACUGAACAGCUAUGUUCCUGUGACUGGUUACACUGGACCACUGACUGAAGACUACUUGACCAAGUUCCAGGUGGUAGUGCUGACUAACUCAACUCUGGAUGAGCAGCAGACUCUAGGAGAGUUCUGCCACAGCAAGGGAAUCAAGCUGAUUGUUGCAGACACUCGUGGUCUGUUUGGUCAACUUUUCUGUGACUUUGGAGAAGAGAUGAUUGUGUAUGACACCAAUGGAGAGCAGCCAUUAAGUGCUAUGAUUUCCAUGAUCACAAAGGACAGUGCAGGGGUCGUGACAUGUCUGGAUGAAGCUCGUCAUGGCUUCGAGAGUGGAGAUUAUGUUACGUUUACUGAGAUUCAGGGUAUGACUGAGCUCAAUGGUUGCAAGCCGGUCGAAAUUAAAGUUCUUGGUCCAUACACCUUCAGCAUCUGUGACACGAGUGGCUUCACAGAUUACAUCAGAGGAGGAAUAGUUUCCCAGGUUAAAAUGCCCAAGAAGAUCAGUUUUAAAUCUCUCUCCUCAUCGCUGGCCGAGCCUGAGUUCCUGAUGACAGACUUUGCCAAGAUGGAGUUUCCAGGACAGAUGCACCUAGGCUUCCAGGCUAUCCAUGCCUUCCAGAAAAAACAUGGCCAUCUUCCAGCACCUUGGAGCCAGGCGGAUGGUGAAGAGCUAUUGGCAUUGGCCAAAGACGUGAACUCUGCUCAGACUGGGUCGGCCAAACUGGAACAGCUGAAUGAAUCUCUUAUCAAAAAGAUGUCAUAUGUUGCUGCUGGUGACCUGGCCCCUGUCAAUGCCUUCUUUGGAGGGCUGGCUGCACAGGAAGUGAUGAAGGCAUGCACAGGAAAAUUCAUGCCCAUAAUGCAAUGGCUGUACUUUGAUGCCCUGGAGUGCUUGGCUGAAGAGGAGGGAUUCAUGCUCACAGAGGAAGAGUGUGCCCCUAAAAACUGUCGAUAUGAUGGACAGAUUGCAGUGUUUGGCACCAAAAUGCAGGAUUUGCUUGCCAAACAGCGUUACUUCUUGGUUGGGGCUGGUGCCAUUGGUUGUGAGCUGCUGAAAAACUUUGCCAUGAUUGGACUGGCUGCUGGGGAGGGAGAGGUCAUUGUGACUGACAUGGACACCAUAGAGAAAUCCAACCUCAACAGGCAGUUCCUCUUCAGACCUUGGGACGUUACGAAAAUGAAGAGUGACACGGCUGCUGCUGCAGUGAAACUGAUGAACCCGGCAAUCAAGAUCACAGGUCACCAGAACAGAGUGGGCCCUGACACAGAGAGGAUCUACGAUGACGACUUCUUUGAAAGCCUUGAUGGAGUUGCCAAUGCACUGGACAACGUUGAUGCACGGAUGUAUAUGGAUCGGAGGUGUGUGUACUAUCGUAAACCCUUACUGGAAUCAGGCACUCUGGGUACCAAAGGCAAUGUCCAGGUUGUGAUCCCUUUCCUCACCGAGUCCUACAGCUCCAGUCAAGAUCCACCUGAGAAGUCCAUCCCCAUCUGCACCCUCAAAAACUUCCCAAAUGCCAUUGAACACACGUUGCAGUGGGCCCGCGAUGAGUUUGAGGGACUAUUCAAACAACCCCCAGAAAAUGCCAUGCAGUACCUCACAGAUCCUAAGUUCAUGGAGCGUACUCUGAAGCUUCCAGGAGCUCAGCCUGCGGAGGUGCUGGAGGCUCUUUAUAAGAGUCUUGUCACAGAUUGCCCCCAAAACUGGGCUGACUGCGUAGCUUGGGCUCGCAACCACUGGCAGUGUCAAUACAGCAACAACAUCCGCCAGCUACUGCACAACUUCCCACCAGAUCAGCUCACUAGUUCCGGUGCUCCCUUCUGGUCUGGCCCAAAGCGAUGUCCUCACCCGUUAGAAUUCAGCACUACCAAUGAGCUGCAUAUGGACUAUGUUGUGGCAGCAGCCAACCUGUUCGCUCAAACAUACGGCCUGCAAGGCAGCACCGAUCGUGCAGGUGUGAUCAAGAUCUUGCAGGAUGUCAAGGUGCCCCCUUUCACCCCACGUUCAGGAGUUAAAAUCCACGUCUCUGAUCAGGAACUGCAAAAUAACAAUUCCUCUAUUGAUGAUACCAAACUGGAAGAGCUGAAAGCCAUGUUGCCUUCACCAGAGUCCUUCCAGUUCAAACUCACCUCCAUUGACUUUGAAAAGGAUGAUGACACCAACUUUCACAUGGACUUCAUUGUGGCAGCCUCCAACCUGAGAGCAGAGAACUACGACAUCCCCCCCACAGACAGGCACAAGAGCAAACUGAUAGCUGGUAAGAUCAUCCCUGCUAUCGCCACUACCACAGCAGCAGUUGUCGGCCUAGUGUGCUUGGAGCUCUUCAAGAUUAUCAAAGGACACAAGAAGCUGGAGUCCUACAAAAAUGGCUUCAUGAACCUGGCCCUGCCUUUCUUUGCCUUCUCUGAACCCAUUGCUGCUCCAAAACACAAGUACUAUGAAAUCGACUGGACGCUGUGGGAUCGCUUUGAGGUCACAGGACUGCAGCCCAAUGGGGAAGAAAUGACACUCCGACAGUUUCUGGAUUACUUUAAAAAUGAGCAUAAGUUGGAGAUCACCAUGCUUUCUCAGGGAGUGUCCAUGUUGUAUUCGUUUUUCAUGCCUGCUGCCAAACUUAAAGAGAGACUGGACCUACCUAUGACGGAGAUUGUGACGAAGGUGUCCAAAAAGAAGCUGGGCAAACACGUGAAAGCCCUGGUGUUUGAGCUAUGCUGUAACGACCUUUCAGACGAAGACGUGGAAGUGCCCUAUGUCCGAUACACCAUCCGCUGAGCUCCGCACUGAGCCCACCCGCAGGAGGGUGGGAGUUACAGGGGGGAGAUGGGGGUGUUCUGAGUGAGGAGCUAAAAUGGGGAUUGGGGGUGCGUGGGUUGAUCCAGGUCAGCUGUAUUGGAUCAAUCAGUAUUUUUUUAGGCCUGUGGUUUGUGUAAACCUGUGCCUGAGUGUACAUAGCCCCAGUAAGCUGAAUUAAGAAUAACUGUAUAUGUUAAGAAUCCAGUUGGUUCUUGGCUGUGGGAACAGGGGUGUCACUGGAGGAAGGGAGCAUGUACACUGGACAUCCUGAUGUUUCUCAAAAGCACCAACCUCUUGAGUGAAUUGAUAAGCCUUAGUGGUCUCUUGGUACUCCAUAUCCCAACCAGUGUCCCUAAAAACCAUCACUCUUAUUGGCCUUCAGCAGUAAUGGAGGUUUUUGUUUGAUUUUUAGGCUAAUCCACCUUCUUCCCUCCACUAUACUUGCUCUCUCCCUCUUCCAACCUCUGUCUCAUAGACACAGUCCCACAUUAGUUUCUUUUGUUUUGUUUUUUCUUAACAUAUGCACCUAAUUAAUAUGUAAAAGGUCAGCCCAGGAGACACCAAUAAGCCCAAGCCUUUCCUGACUGGAUAUCUGACUAUCUCACACCACCUGAAUACCCCUGCCAGUGUGAGGUACCCCUACACCCUCAUUAAACCCACUCUGUGGCUUUGGGAGGGGUUCGUGCACAUGACAUUGGUUUUCUCUUUCUCAUUAUAUUUUAUGUGUUUUGUUAUUUUCUAUUUUAUUUUUGGGUGGUUGGACAGAGUUUCGGCGCACACACGUGGUAGAUCCUAAACUGUCUUUCUACUUUGUUAACUCCAAAUGACUUAACUGUAAGAACAGGGCAACGAGAUGUAUCUUGAAACGGGAGCACUUAGUGUGAUAGUGAAUAAAGAUGUAAAAACAUACUGAA